AUGGUACCGAACACCCAUAGCACAUGCUCGCUCUCUCUCCCUGAUCGCCUCAUAGCAGCCUUCAAGGACAUGUUCUUCCCCAUGGGCUACCCUGAUAGUGUUGCGGAGGGCUACAUGCUAUUUUCGCAGUACAGGGGCAUUCAGCACAUCGCUGUGGCAGCUCUGAACGUGCUCUCCACACAGUCACUGUUAUUCGCAGCGGGCCUCCGCCCCACGCCAGCACAGGCCACGAUAGUGAGCUGGGUGGUGAAGGACGGCAUGCAGCAUGCCAGCAAGAUCGCUGCCAGUCGCCUCGGUCGCAGCAUGGAUGCCGAUCCCAAGCGCUGGCGCGUUGCUGCUGACGUCGUCUGCGAUGUGGGAGCCUUCCUUGAGUGCCUCUCGCCUCUCAUGCCCCACCGCUUUUUGUUGCUCGCUGGCCUCGCCAACGCAGGGAAGGGCCUCUCGCUCGUGAUAGCUCGCGCCACACGUCUGCCUCUAUACGACGCGUUUGCAAGGGAGGGCAACAUCAGCGACCUGUACGCCAAGGGCGAGGCCAUCAGCGUCCUCUCCUCCCUCGCCGGCCUUGCUCUCGGCCUCAAACUCGCCUCCUCCGUCUGCCAGACAGCACAAGCUAAGCUGGCAGCGGUGCCGGUGCUGGCGGCGGUGCAUCUGUGGUCGGUGACAGAGGAGAUGAGGGCCGUGCCCAUCAACACUCUCAACGCACAGCGCACCAACGUGCUCAUCAACCAUUUCCUCUCCAGCGGCGAGCUACUGAGCCCAGUGGACAUGCGGUGGAGGGAGAACAUUGUGAAGCCCGACCCGCCGCUCACGCUGCCUGCUGCCCACCGCCUCGCCCUCCCGCCUGCUCCACAUGGCAAUAAGACCAGCAGUGCGGACGGCCAGGAUGCAAUCAAAGGAUGGCUGCUAGCGUCCUGCAUCAGCCAGGCAAUCAGCAGAAAGGCGCAAGUCGCUGGAAAGGGCAGCAUGGGUGGUGGUGGAUGGGGUGACUGGGAGGGGAGUGUGCGUGAGGCAUAUGGUGAGAUGGAGCAGCUGCUGCCACACAUGCUCUGGGGAUUGAAAGACAAGGGAUGGCACACACACUCUUUCCUGCAGGGCUCCACAGCUAGGAGGGCAGUGUGGUGA